GGCCGUCACGUGGAAUGUCAUCGGAUCCCCGAUCGAAAGACGAACAUGAACAAUGCUGGAACUGCUCACAACUGACAACUCUUCAUGGUGGUCGCUGCGAGCGAUAUGCACACCUUCAUGAUAUGCUGACCGUAGAUGGGCAUAUCCAUUGCUCCGAUUACCCUCCAAGACAAUCCACAGACCAGGUCGUGCCAUCAUCAUGGAGCACGGUACAGCAGGGGGGGAGCCAACCCUCCCCCGACCCCCAUAUAACCCGAUCAUAAACAUGGCCAAUUCAAAGCCAGUCAUAGUGGACGAACACCUCCAACACAAACACCACAUCUUCCUCUCCCGUCCCUACCUCGGCGCCCUCCUCGUCGAGAACUCCACCUCCGACGCACGCGACCACUGCGCCAACGAACGAACCUUUCUCUCCUGGCUCCGUCUCUCCAUGUACCUCGGCGUCGUGUCCAUAGCGAUCAUCAUCUCCUUCCAUUUCUACGGCGUUUCGACCAGUCUCGAGCGUCGCAUGUCGCUGCCGCUAGGGAUCAUCUUCUGGGUCUUGAGUCUAGGGUGUCUGGUGAACGGAUUCGUGAACUACGUUCGGACGGUCAGGAAAUAUAGCCAUAAAGCGGCGCUCGUGCAGAGUGGGUGGGUCACGGAGGUUAUAUUCACCGUGGUCGGCGCGGUUAUCCUAGGGAGCUGUAUCUUGUUCCUGGCUACUGAUGCUAAGAGCAGUACGAAUACGGGUUAACCACAUAUGCGUAUGGGCAGACUGUGAACUCUAGCUUUCUAUUCCUGCCCUACUUUGCAGCAUCCAUGGGAAUCCUACUCUACAUUGAACGGACUGGUGACUGGCAGUGACA